AAUACUGAACCUUUUAGAAUGGACAACUCUAUUCUGAAACAAAAAUCAAACCUUUCAGACGGUUUGGGUUUUAUUUAAAUUUUUCCCUUUCGAAAAAUUUCAAAAAUGCGAGUCUCAUUACCCCGUUUGGUAAACUUAACUUCAAAACUGAAGGAGUUGAGGAUUGUCCUUGACCCCACCGGAGAUACCUCUAAGGGCGCAAGGGAAUUCGUUCAGAAAUUUUAUCCAAAUCUGAAGAAGCACAAUCCCAAUCUUCCAAUCCUGGUGCGGGAAUGUACCGGGAUUCAACCCAGGUUGUAUGCUCGCUAUGAAAAUGGAAAGGAGAUUUCGUUGGGACUCACAAACCAAGCUGCUCCAGACAUACAGAAGAACGUGGAAGCGGUGGGCAAGUAGCUUUUCCCCCGAAUUGAAAAUAAUUUAAUAAAACCAACCAAAAUUCAAGCGAAAUAAAAGACAAA